UCACAUUUAGUUUUGUUCGGUAAUUCGGCGCGUAAGCAGCAAGAAAAUUAGAAUUUUCCGUAUUAUCGCAUUUUGCAGCCAAUAAUCGCCAGUCGGUGUAAUAUAAAGCAUUCGCAGCAAAAACACAAACAACAAAAUUAAUAAAUUCAAAAAAAAAAACGCUCCGCUGAGACUCGUUCGUCGUUUUAAGGCAAUCGUGUAGUGCGAAUUUACGCGGCGGUGCUGCAUACUACAUAUUUAGAGUGUUGUUGCUUAUUGCCGGCAGCUUAGUUAGUUAGCUCGUGCCCCCAAUUGGUGUUAGUGUGAAAGAGCGCGAAAGCGUGAAAUUAGAAAAGUACUACCAUAAUACAUAAUACCUAAUAAUCAAAAUCGAAAAUAAACAUUUUGACUAAUCGCCCAAUUUUCCAUAUCUACAUAGUAUACGUGCGAUAUACCUGCAUAUUUGCUUGCGUCACACUUGCCUAAAUGACAUACUACAUAUCUAACGGUAAUUUUAAGUGCGCACCACUCUCUGUGUAUCAGUGCAAAAUUAACGAUGAAAAUUCAUAAAACUCGAGUUAAUCUUGUAUCUAAUUGUGGAUGGCUUUAUUGACACUUUCUGUAGAGGCUCUUCAACUUCGCUGUCAGUGUUCAUCGUCUCUCAUCAUUCCAUUCAUAGCUCGCUCCGACUUUUGUUGUACCGCGAAUGUAGGAUGUACAGUGGACACAAUGCGGCUUGCGGCAAAUUCAGUUGGCGUGCGUUGAUCAAUUGACGUUGACUUGAUGCAAGAUCGUUCGUUGGGUGCGCGUAGUAGUGUUCGCAGAUUUUGCGAGAUCAAAAAAAAGAUGAAGAAUUUUGUUGAGGAAUAAAUUUGCAACAAAUGCAUUUGUCAGAAUGGCAACAAUAAUGAUUUUUCAUAAGAAGACUUAAAAAAAGUGUUGAAAAUUAUAUACGCUAAAAAGUGGCACAGUGUGUUGCGAGAUAUCGUGAAGUGAGAAAGAAAAUUACUUGGAAAAGUAAAAACAACAAAAAUUUAUAUACUAACUAUGUAUCUAUAGUACACUCAAAUAAAUGCAUUUGUGUAUGAAAAUAGUGUUGCCCAAAAAAAAAAGUAUUUAAAUAUUCCGAAGCAAACAAGAAUUUCCGGCGUUCCGCUGAAAAAUCGCAAAAAUAAUCGACGUCGUUGCGUGUGUGUGUGUGUGUGCGAGUGUGUACAUAAGCGUUUUUAAGCGACAGCUUUGCGCAAAAAGCGCUUAAAACAAUUGAAGGUGGCAUUCGAGUGGCCGUAAGAGUUCUCAAACAGCAACAAAAACAAAAACAACAACAAAAUAAUACAUUAAGAAUUGUAGUCGCAGUGGCAGUGGCAGUGGAAUUGAAUCAUCGCUACAACAACAACAAUAAAAUUAAACAAAUAAUAAUCAAAUCCAAUUCAAGUGUAGGAAAGUAUUACUACAAUUUCUAAGUGUUUACAAUCAUACCUAGUAGAUGUACAUACAUACAUAUCUACAUACUCAAACAUGUAUAUAAAUACGUUUAGUGCUUGUGUGUUAGUGUUCCUUGUUUUUUAAAGCAGUGUCUCCUCAGUGUUAGUGCUAUAAUGUAUUUGAAUGUUUUUUGUAUGUGAUUUUGUUAAGCGCCAACGCAAUUAACAGCCAACUUAUACCUAUCAAGCAGCCGCCAUUAACCAUCCAUCGCUACUUAGUAGCUAAAAGCGCCCAAAAAUUCUGACAUUUUCAAUCCAAGCAAACUAGCUCAAUAAGUAGCAGCCAACAGUUAUCACGCCUCAACUGAGAUAUCUAGUAAAAGUACAGCCAAAAGCGGUUUUUCUAAUUUCGAACCAAUUUUUAGCCGCACGCACCACCACCAGUCCAGCUAUAGUCACGCAACUUUUCUACAUACAUAAGUGCUUACAAAUCAACCGAACAUAUUUAGUCCAAUGUCUGUCUUUUAGAUGGCUGAAAUAUGGAUAUUUCAAUUAGCACCUCCGUCAUUGCGUUAGAGUUUAGUGGCUUAGUCGUCGCACACAUUAACGUUUUGCCGCCGCUAAAACAAAUUUCUUUGUCGGAACAAGCGCUCGAUUAAUGCUGGAAGACAAAAGCUACAACAAAAAUGUCAACAACGCAGUGAAAACUUGAAUUUGCAUUCGUGUUAAAUGUUAAAAUAAAAAAAAAUAAAAAUUAAACUAUAAAAUGUAAAAGUUUGCAAUUCUUUUAAAAAAUUCACACUCACCUAAACAUAACAAAAUAAAGAAAGCGCACAAUAUCUGCGAAAGUGUUAGCAAAGCGCAUGGUAAAUAUAAUUACGCACAUUUGGCAACAAAAGGAAGAACCAGCAAGCAGGCAAAUCAGGAAGAUAACAAAAUUAAAUUUCAAAAAAAAAAAAAAACCCUAAAACAAAAUCAUUACUUUUGGUGGUCAACAUUCACAUGUAAAAGUGGAUAAAAAAAAUUGCGCACGCAAAAAUAAUUUCUCUUAAAGAAACGUCGAGCGAAAAGCCUUCAAAAUUAAACGCAACAAUAAAAAGAAACCCCAUAGCAAUCAUCCAUCCAGUUUGAUGAAAAACAUGGACAAAAAUUCCGGCGGCGACGGCAGCGAUGGCAAAUCGGGACUGGGUGGUGGCGGCAGUGGUAAGGCCGGCUCUAGCGCCAGUGGGAGCGGUGGAGCCGGUGUGCACGAUCCCUCCGCAUUGUUGGAUGCCGCUUCGCUAUUUGCUUACUGGGGCCGCGAUCCAACAAGUGCCGCCGCAGCCGCUUCCAAUCCGCUAUUCAAUUCGCAAUUUAAUGCUGCCGCAGCAGCCGGUCUGGGAUUAUUGCAGAAUCCGGCUAGCGCAGCCAAUGAUCGCUAUUCGAUAGCAGCUGCUGCAGCAGCCGCUGCAUCGCAUCAUCAUCAGAACACCAUGGCGGUGGCAGCAUCUCAGGCAGCUAGUUUGGCUAGCCUGCACCCAGCAAGCUGGUGGUCUAUGGCCCAACUGGCAGCUCAAGACUAUUUCUCCCGCCUGCAAGCGUCCGGCCUUUCGCCAUUUGCGCAUCCCGAUGUGAUGGCGGCCUUUGGUCCAGCAGCACUGGGUCUGGGUGGGGCGACUGGCGCAGGCGGUACGGGUGUGAACAGCGGAGGAGGUAGCGUGGGUGGACUGGGAACCGGUGCAAGCGGCAGCAAUAUGGGCAGCGGUAGCAGUUCAUCGUCAAGCAGCAAAUCGAGCAAAUCCCGCAAAGAGAAGCGACAACAACAGCAGCAGCAGCAACAGCAACAACAGCAAAAUUUAGCUGCAGCAGCGGCGGCGGCAGCAGCAGCAGCCGUUAGCGCUAACCCUGCUGCCGCCUUGGCUGGCAUGCAUGCCUUGAGCGCCGGCGGUUCGCUCAAUCCCUCCUCAAUGGGCAUGGUGGGUAGUGGCAGCACAGGCAAUACCACAGGUGUUGGCGGCAGCAGCGCCGGCAGUAGUUCGUCGUAUAAAUCAAGUUCAACCAGCUACAGCAAACCAUCGGUGAGCCCGGUACUACCGCCGCCACCCGGUUCCGCAUACGAUCCCGUGCAAUUGCAUAAGGAACUAAUGGCAAUGCAAGCGGCAGCGGCAUCUGGUGGCUCUUCCAGUUCCUCAUCAUCGAAGAAAUCCUCAUCACACCACCACACACAGUCACAUCAGAGUAGCAGCAGCGGCGGCGGAGGUGGGGGCGGCAGUAGCAGCAGUGGACUGGGUAUGUCUAGUGGCGCUUCCGGCUCGCUUGGCAUGGGCGGUGGCGGUGGCGGCGGCGGCGGCGGCGGCGGCGGCGGCAGCAGCAGCUCCAAUAAAAACUCUUCAAUGAGCAGCGUCAGCAAUGCGGCAAUGCACCAUUUGAGCGCGCUGGGUGGCAACGUUGGCGGUGGUAGUUCAACAGCGCAUCACAUCAGUGCGUUAAUGUCGCCGCACGGCUCGUUGGGCGCCAGCAGCAGUAUUGGUAGUGGAGGCAGCAAUAUGGGUGAUGCUAGAAGUAGUGCUGGCAGCAGUAGUUCAGCUUCGAGCAGCAAAGCAGAGCGUGACAAGAAUAACGCGUCGUUAAAUGCGCUCAGUUCGCUGUCGCAAUUCGGUGCACUUGGCAUGAGUCCGCAGCAGAGUAUGCAAGCGGCAAUGAAUGCAUUUGCUGCCUCCAAUCCAGCAGCGGCAGCCGCAGCAGCAGCAGCAGCAUCGGCAGCGGCUAGCGGAGGCAAAAGUGGCAAGGAUUACAUGUCAUCGGGUAUACUCAGUGCUGCACUGGAAGGAAAUGAUCAUCAAUCUCUGCUGGGUGUACGCCUGCCACCCGAUACGGAAAUCAUCAAAUACACGUCGUCCAUUGUGGGACCCAAAAUACCCGGUACUACGUCACGUGGUCGCAAAAAGACUAUUUCAGACGAACAACAACAGCAACAAUUACUCGCACAACAACAACUUCAACAGCAACAACAAUUGCAAAAACAAGAGCUCGACGCUACAACAAAUGCACUUUCCUCUCUGCUUGCGAUUCCAGGUCUUAGCCCGGCUAAGCGUGCCCGCCUCGAAAUGGAGUACGCAGCAAUGGCGGCGGCGGUGAAUGUCGCUCAACAGCAACAACACCAACAGCAGGUGCAGGCCCAGCAGCAGCAGCAGCAGCAGCAACAGCAACAGCAACAACAACAGCAAGCACAACAGCAAGCGCAGCAACAGCAGCAGGCACAGCAGCAGGCGCAACAGCAAGCGCAACAACAACAGCAACAGCAGCAAGCUCAACAACAGCUGCAAGCGCAGCAUCAGCAUGCUUUGAAUAUUGCAGCCGCCGGUGGUUUUGGCGGCAUUGGUGUUGGCGGCGGAAAUGCAACCACCGCCGCACAGGCGGCCGCUGCUGCAGCAGCCGCGGCAGCUGCGCUUGGGCAAUUGAGCGGUCCAGCCGCGGCGGCGGCGCUAAGCGCCAGCGGUCUUGGUAUGGGCGCGCCGAUGAGUCUCUCCAGCCUCAGUGGUUUAGGUGCGCUUAGUGGUCUAGGCAGUGUUGGCGCGCUAAGCAGCACCGGUCGCCUAGAUCCACAUUCGAUGGGCCCCACCUCACUAAGUGCUACGCCCAGCAAUAGUCGCGACUCAUCAACAGAUCGCGUAGAAGUGAUAAAGCUGCCGCCCACAAUCACAUCGAAUGGCGCCUACAACUUAUCGAAUAAAAAUAAAGACUUGCUCGAUCUGACAGGCGACAAUAGCAGUGGCGCUGGUGUGAAUCUCAGCAUGAAGUCAUCCUCAUCGGCCACAGCGACGGCAACCAGUGCUGCCGCCGCUGCGUCGGCGCUCAUUGGCACAGCUGCCAAUCCCAUUAUGAUCGAGGACUACGAUGCACCACUGAAUUUGUCAAUGAAACCCGCUGACAAGCAGCAAAGUGCCGCAGCCAGCAUGUCGUCAUCAAUGGUUGGUGGUAGCAGUGACUACAGCAGCCCGGUUAACAUGGGCGGUACCGUGGCGGUGCCCUCCGGUAGUGGCGGCUCGAAUAGUUUGCAAAGUUUAACUUCGAUAACAGCAGCGCUGGGUGGCGGUAGCAGUACGCCGCUGCCAGGCAGUGGUGGUGCUGGCAGUAGUGGUGGCAAUGCAGGUAGCAGCAGCUCAGCCGGUUCCAGUGGUGGUGGCAGCGGUGGUGAACGCUCGGGGCAACAGCCAUUCAAAGAGGGACGGCCGCGCAAUUUAGGGCGCGGCGUGUCUAAGCCGAAAAAGAAUACAGUAGCCUCGUUGUUGGCACAAUCGCGUGCAGUCGGUAUAAAACCGAUGCUGGCCACUCAGCAGUUGCUUCAGCAAGGCGCUGAUUUGGAGAAAAUACGUCAGGCGCUCAAUGAGGCGAACGCACAACUCGACCUUUCCACAGACUCUGAAAGCGUUGCGGCCGAAAGCGGUCUCUCCGAGUCCGAGAGUGAAGAUGCAAACAUUCUAAAUGUGACCGAGCUGCGCGUGCCACUAGACUUGGGUUGGAAGCGUGAGACGGUCAUACGUGGACUCACCAAAGUAGGCCAAAUACGUGGCGAGGUAGUUUAUUAUGCGCCCGGCAGCACAAUAGCGCUCAAGAACAUUGGGCAAGUGAUCUCUCAUUUAGAGAAGAAUCCAUCGAAGUUGACGCGCGACAAUUUCAGCUUCUCAUCGCGCGCUAUAGUCGGUUCAUUUUUACAACCUGCACCGCCGCCGUACGCCAACGAUGGCGAAUACAUACGCAUGACCGAUGAAGAUGUGGCUAAGCGCUUGGAGGAUCUAAAAAUUUUUACGCGCCAAACUUUAAAUGUGGAACAACGCAUUGAAAUCGCUAAGCAACAACAAGCCAUACGCGAUGCAAAAAAGCAGCAAAAAGAAGAGAUGGCACGCAACAAAGAAAAAGCACGGCAGGAAAAAAACGAGAAGCUUGAGCAGCAACGAAAAGAAAAGGAGUUAAAAAACCAGCAAAUGAUUGAGGCGCGCAAGAAGCGUCAAGAAGAACUAGAACGCAUCAAACAAGAGGAGCUGCUCAAGAAACAACAGGAAAAAGAAAAGAAACGUCAAGAAGCUAUUUUAGCUAAAGAACAGGAACUCCAAAAACAGAAAGAAGCAUUACUUGCCGCCGAAAUGGAACGUGAACGCCGUCGUCAACAUAUGGCACUUGUGCGCCAGCUGGAGGCGCGCCGCAAAUUUGUAGAGCGCGAAAAGAAGAAACAUCAAAUGAUUUUAGAUCGUCUGAUAUUGCGUGAGAAGCGUUUAGCAAUUAAAAAGCGAGAUUCAGACAUUUUGGCACAAUUAAGAAAACCACAGGAAGACUCUGAAGUUGCACAUCCUCAUGAGUUACCAGAAUUGGAACGCAUCGGUGGCAAUCGUUUGCCGGGUCAAGCUAUGGCCGAUUUACUGAUGGUAUUCGAGUUCUUGCAUAACUUUGGUGAAACCUUAGGAUUUGACAUGGAGUCACUUCCCUCCCUGCAGAAUCUACAUGACGCUCUCAUGAGUGACAGUAAUCCCGACGCUGAGGAGGAGAUGCUAUCUGUGAUGACCCAUCUGUUGGUGUGCGCCAUCGAAGAUCCGGGCAUUCCCAAUCCCGGCCGCCACACCACACUCCUCGGACAAUCGCUGCGCAACGCCGACAUUACCAACUCCAAUGUUUCGGAGAUUCUACGCAUUUAUUUAUACGCCACCGCUACCGGCGAAAUACGCCAGCUACAUGGCAUAACAAUGGAUCGCGAGCGCGAACGUCGCAUUCCCGAUCAUCAUCAAGUGGACACCGAGACUUCCUCCCAUUCGGGCAAGAACGCCGAAUACUACAGAUUGUUGCAUGAGAACGAGACGUGGAAGUUAUCGCAUUCGCUCAAGAAUCGUCCCUUCGUCGCAUUGAAUCCCACAAGAAAGGCACAAAUACUGGCACAUCUUUGCAACGAUUUGCUCAUGAAUAAGGCUGUGUUGAAGCAGAUCGAUGGCAGCUUGGAGACAUGCGCGCAAAUGCGCAAGGAGAAGUAUAUGACCGACAUGAAGGUGCGCAAGUACAAGGCACUGCAUCAGCGCAAGGCGCGCAUCGAGGCGUACGAGAAGGCGCAAGCUGAACGCGAGGCAGCCAUGCAAGCGGCCAUUGUAGCACAGCAGAAGGCCGACGCCGAACGCAUACAAAAGGAGGCUGAAGCAGCCGCUGCGGCGGCGGCUGAAGCGGCAGCAAAUGCAGCGGCGGCAGCUUCGAAUGCCGAGAAGACAGAAAAGGAGACGGGCGAGGAGAAGGAAGGUGACAGUGGCGACGCUGCUACUGACGCUGCAGUUGAGAGUACUAAUGGUGGUGAUGCAAUGGCCAGUAGUAAUGCUAACGAUGCCGAAGUAACGCCGGAGAGUGCGAUCGAGCACAAUAACAACAGCAGUGUUACCAAUAAUGGCGAUACCCCCCACAAGGAGGACCAAGAUUUAAAAGCUCCACAGCCUGAGAAUAUGGAUGUAGAUGGCGAUGCGAUUGCUUUGAAUAACGGCGACGGCGAGGGUGACAACAAGGAAAAGCCAUUGCCCAUACCAGCCACACCAGACGUAGAUGCUGCUGUUGCGGUCAAUGACGGCAGCAAUGUUACAGACGUGCCGCUGCCUCUACCGCCAAUGCUGCCAACGCCAUCGUUGCCCAGCGUUUUCGACAGUCUUAAAUACGACGUGAGUCCCACAAAGAGCUACACCAGCGAAAACUCGGUUACGCCCAGUAAACAGCCAAAGCUAGAUGACUCAGCACUGGCUACACCUACCUAUCAGAAUGGCGUUGGCAGCAUGCCGCCAGACAAUUUGUCGGGCGUUUGUGCGCCAACGUCGAUCACCAAUGCAGCCACACCGUCCGAGUUGAAUAGCAACUUGCUGCCGAAGAAGACUGGCAACGACGACGUGCCAGCCGAUGUGGGCAUGGAUGAUGACCUCAGCGAUCUAGAGUCGGAGAUGACGAACGCUGACGAGGACGAGGACAAUCGAUUGAGUGCCGAUGAGCUGCAGAAGAAGCUGGACAAGAUAUUGCGCGCGUCUAUGAACUGCAAGGAGCUGCUCGAGAAGAGUACAAAUCAGCUGCGCGCCACUUGUUUCGGGCAAGAUCGUUUCUGGCGGCGAUACUGGAAGCUGCCGAAGGCGGGCGGUAUAUUCAUCGAGGCAUUGGAGUCGGCACAAAACGACAUUUUCCACUAUCAGGAAGUGUUGGAGGCAGAGGCGGCAGAGAAGCGUGCAGCUAGAUUGGCAAAUGGUGAAACUGAGGCUAAGGAUGAGUGCAAGGAGGAGGAAGAGACUGCAGCGGAAGGCACCAAGGUGGAGGGUGGCGAUGAAAAUGUUAAUGGGGACUGCAAAUCGGAAACCGAUGAAGGCAAAACUGACGAAGCUACAGGGUUAGCCGUAAAGGAAGGGGAUGAAAAUAUGCAAGUUGACAGCAGUGCUACGAUGACGACGGCCAAUACAGCUGCCUCGAACAUCAACACCAAUGGCAACGUCACAGGAGUCACAUCCUCGGCAGUCAUAGACGACGAGGACGAUGAUGUCGUGCUGACUAGCAAGGAUGAGCCGGAGAUUGUCGAUUUGCGCGAUGACGACGACGAUGAUGACGUUGUGCACACAGCCACAAUUCCGGCGCCGGACAUCUAUGGCUUAGCUAAGAAGCCACAUGUCGACGCCGCAACAAUUUCCACUAAAACCGACUUUGAGGCGGAGAUCAAAAUACCCGCCAUACCAGCGCAAUUCAAUGCAGCGAUUGCCGCUGCUGCCGCCGCCGCCGCUGCUGCUGCUGCAGCAGCUGCCAAUGCGAACGCGAAUGCGAAUGCGGCAAAUGUAAAUGCAAUCGGUGAAAAAAACUGUGAUAAGAAUGAGUUUGCAAUGUUGACGCCCUCGCCGUCGCCCAUGGGAAUGACGAUGCAAAUACCGACAAUGACGCCAACGCCUACAAUGACGCCCACGUCUACGCCGACAUCAACAGCCAUGCCGUUGCCAAUGCCAUUGGCAUUACCUUUGUCUCUGUCAUUGCCGUUGCCGCUGCCAUUAUCAACGCCGGUGCAAGUGUGCAGCAACAGCACCGUGGUCAGCUGCAGCAACAGCAUACUCAGCGUGCCCGGCAUCAGCACCACUGCCGUUAGUAGCUUGGCUGGCUUUGAUGUGAGCAGCACCACCGCAGCCACCAUCGACAGCGUUGCGAAGGCAGAGGACUUAAAAAAGGAGGACGACUGCAUUAUUGUCUCGGCGACAAGCGGUGAUGACGCACUCUUCAAACAGCCGGUAAAUGUCACAGAUAAGUGGUUUUCAAUACUCGAUCGUGAAUUGCCAUUGAUGACGACCGAACCGUUGGACGAAGCCAGCCUCAAAGAGUAUAAGAUGGCUUUCGCAAAUGUCUCAUGCGACUCUCUCUUCCAGACGCAAAACAAUCCGUGGGAGGUGCAGAAUGUCGUUCAGCAUUUCAACGUGACUUUAGACGAUUGCAAAGUGGACCCAGCCAAGUUUGUGCAGGAAUGCAUUCUGUCACUUUCCGGGCUGGAUGAGAAGCAAAUGGAAGCGAAGAUACGUGAGUACGAGCAGAAGAUGUUGCUGGCAGCGGCUGCGGCAAGUGAAAGCGCAGACGCCGAGGCCAACGAGGCAUCACCGACAGAGUCAAAAAACUGCCUAGAGUCUCCUCGUCAGCGAUUGAAAAGUGAGGAAGCGGCGGAGAGCGGUGAUGAGGAGGAGGACGAGCAAAAGUACGAGAGUGAUUGCAAACCAUCCACGUCUGCGGCAGCUGCGGCCGCCCACUUGUCAUCGUCGCCCGCUAUUAAAACCGAUAUGCCAGCGAAAAGUGAAGGCAACGAAGAGGAGCGCGCAGAAGACAAGAAGUUUUUUCCUUUAUUGAAUGACACAAAAAUGGACUGUAGUAGCAGUUUGGAGUGUAAGCCGAGCAAAGACGCCAUCGAUGGUGCCGCCGCUGGUGAAGCCAAAGAGAACGACUUCAAUACAGUCAGACUGGAAAUACGCAUGGAUGACAUAGCUGGCAUGUCCAUACAAAACCUGGCAAACAUGUCGCUGCAAAAUCUUGCCACAUUUCUGCAAUACGAUGUGCAAACGCCGCUCUCCAUGACGCCAGAAGAACAAAAGCUGUUGGAGAAAGUGAAGAAGGAGGGCUAUCCCAAGAAGUUGGAGGGCGCCUAUGUGCCGCGCGAUCUGCGCUACGGCUGGUGGAAAUUGGACACAUUCGAAAUGCUGCAACGCGUUAUCGAUUCGCUCGACCCGAAUGGGUUGCGCGAACGCGACCUGCAAGAUAACCUCAUGCGCUUCAUGCAGCAGGAGGAUCCCAGCAUUGGCAUGAAGUAUCCGCUGGCAAGCAAAGCUGGCGAAAAAGUGUCCUAUUUGGAACCCGACAAGCCGCACGAUUGGAAUCCUAAGAUAGCCAAGCGCACCGAACUAGCACUGCUCGAUCAACUAGAAGCGUUGGAAGAUAAAAUCGCCAGCGCCUCAAUGCAACUUAAAAAUUGGCAGCUGCCACCGCGUCUCGAAAAUGAGCUCAAUCUCGAGCUGGAAGAUAUAACCGAGGAGGAUUUUAUCAGCAUCAUACCAAUGCUACGUGAACGCAUCAUCGAUCUGGAGGCCAACAUCGAGCGUCGUUACUUGAAGCCGCCGCUUGGCUCUCAAACGGGUGAUGCGCAUUUAGCGGUGAUCGCGCAGAAUCAACACACCAGCACACAGACACAAAAUUCGGCUGCCGCUGCUGCAUUCCUCAUACAAAUGCAACAACAGCAGGCUGCUGCGCAACAACAACUCAUCAAUAUGCAACAACAACAAACGCAGAAUGUAAUCAAUGCAUCGGCGUUCAAUGAGCGCGCCAUGGCAAUCGCGGCAGCCAAUGCGGCUGCAGCCGCUUCUGCUGCAGGCAAUGCGAGUGGUGGUGAUGCGUCGGGCGGCGGUGGCGGAAAUACCGCCAAUACCAGCGGCAAUAAUUCGGGUGGCGAUUCGCCAGCGAGUAACUGCGACAGCGAAAAGGACGAGAAGGUGGAGAAUAUACCGAAGGGUUUGGCAUCGUGGCGGGAUGCAGUGUCGCGCUCGCACACAACAGCACAGCUAGCAAUGGCACUUUAUGUGCUUGAAUCGUGUGUGGCGUGGGAUAAGAGCAUAAUGAAGGCGUAUUGCCAGUUUUGCACAUCUGGCGAGAAUGAGGACAAGCUGCUGCUAUGCGACGGUUGCGACAAAGGCUAUCACACCUACUGCUUCAAGCCGAAAAUGGACAAUAUACCCGAUGGUGAUUGGUAUUGCUAUGAAUGCGUCAAUAAGGCGACAAAUGAGCGCAAAUGCAUUGUUUGUGGCGGUUUGCGACCAGCGCCCGUCGGCAAAAUGAUCUAUUGUGAUUUAUGUCCGCGCGCCUAUCACGCCGACUGCUAUAUACCGCCGCUGCUGAAGGUGCCGCGUGGCAAGUGGUAUUGCCACGGCUGCGUCACGAAGGCGCCACCACCGAAGAAGCGAACCAGCAGUAAACCGCGACGUGACCGCGAUUCUUCGAAACGACGGGAUCGCCAUAGCAAUUCAUCGUCGUCGUCGAAUGUUGAUAUCCAGCAACAACAACAACAACAACAACAGCAGCAGCAGCAGAACCAGCAGCAAAAUCAUCAUCAGCAACAACAGCAGCAGCAGCCACAACAGCAACAGGUUGCGGUUCUAGCGCAGGCGCAGGCCAUGGCAGCUGCCUCGGCGGAACACCACCUGCACAAUUCAUCACAGCUUUUGCUGAAUUCGUCGCAUGACGAGUCAAUGAACUCGCUACCGACGCCGCUCAGUCCGACGCAUUCGAUUGCUUCCACCUCGUUCGAUGAACAUCACAAUAAUUCGAUCGAUGCGAUGCGUUUCCAGCCACAACAACAACCACCACAACAACAGCAGCCACAACAACAAAUGGUUGGCGGCAAUGCUGCAUUGGGAGGAAUGGGUAUGGGGGUAAGCGCUGAUUUAGGUGUUGGCGCGCCAGUAGGUAUGCUGCCAGAUGCAAAUGCAGCGGCUGACACCACACCACCAGCACUAAAUAACAUCCACGGCACACAUUUGACUAACAACGAUUACACGGCAACGGAUGCCUGCGCAGAUGGCGCUCAGUCAGCGCCGGUCUUACAUUCAAUGCCCAGCGCCGACUUGCCGCUUGCGGUGCCAAUUUACAACAGCGUAGCACCCGACUACAAGCAUUCAAGCUUUGUAACAACUCAAUCACAGCUGCCACAGUCUUUACCCGAUAGUGGCACGUUAUUUCCACACUUGACGCCAACCCUACCAACAGUAAGUACCGCGACUGGUGGUAUAGGCAAUAUGAGUGCCACUAACUACCUGCAACUAACGCUCAGUCAGCACCACCAACUUGCCCAGCUGCAGAUGAAUAGCAAUGGCAUAAUGCAGCUACCUCCGCUACCGCCGCUGCCGUCUUACAACACAGCCGCUCAGUCGCCGUUGCCACCGCCAUCGCUGGUGCCGCCCACCAGCGCCAUUAGCACUUCGCCACAACCCUCUGCAUUGCUACCGCUCAUAAUGCCGCCAACUUCCAUCACAGCGCUGAGCCAACAACAGCAACCACAACAGCUGCAGCAGCCACAACUAUCGCCGCUAAUGCAGUCAUCGAUUAUGUCGCCGCAGCAAAGCAGUAACCAUGCACCCACAGCUGCCAUGCAGUCGCCACGUGCCAGCACACCUACUUUGCACUCGCCGCAAACGAUGGGGUCCUACUCGCAGUCACAGUCGCCGGCAGCGCAUCAGUUUGGUGCGCUCUCGCCAAUGAGUCAAUGUGGCACACCUCAGCCAUUGGCGCCGCCGCCCUUGAACAUACACGCCGUUCAAGAGGCGAAGGAGAAGCUGAAGCAAGAGAAAAAGGAGAAGCAUGCAACGAAGAAGCUCAUAAAAGAGUUGGCUAUCUGCAAGACAUUGCUAGGGGAAAUGGAGCUGCACGAAGAUUCGUGGCCAUUUUUAUUGCCAGUAAAUACUAAACAGUUUCCGACUUACCGUAAGAUUAUUAAAAAUCCCAUGGAUUUGUCAACAAUCAAGAAACGUAUACAGGACUUAACCUAUAAAAGUCGUGAAGACUUUUGCGUCGAUGUGCGCCAAAUAUUCGAUAAUUGUGAAAUGUUCAAUGAGGAUGAUUCGCCGGUCGGCAAAGCGGGUCAUGGAAUGCGCAAAUUUUUCGAAUUACGCUGGACUGAGUUGACUGAUAAGCACUCAUGAUAUCAAAUGCAUCACCACCUCAAGUAUUCUAGUGAUUAAGAGAAGCAACAAACAAAAAAAAACAGAAAUAAAAGCAAAAUGGGAAGCAGAACCAAUUAAUUAAAUAGAAAUAAAAAUAAAAUGUUGCAACAGUGAAAUUCCAAUUUAGUUGAGAAAAAGGAGAUUAAGAAAACAGGAAAAUGGAGAAAGCAAGCAAAAACAAAAAAAAAAAAAAUCAGUCAUUUUUAAAUAUUCAGCAAAAAUUAUUGCAAAUUAGAGUUCUUAUUAGAAAAAAAGUCAAAAGUUUUAAGCAAAAAAAAAAUAAUAAUAAAGAAAUAAGACAUUUUCGGCACUCCCAAAAACCUAAAGAAAAAAAAUAUAACUCUGGCUAAGCACACAUACAUAUUAUUGUCUAGAAGCAUGAAGUGAAAAAUCGAAGACAUUGCAGGCAUUGCAGUCCGAGUCACAACACAAUAAUGAAGCAGAUGCUAAAGAAAACAACUAUCAGUAAUGUGGUAUUUAUAAAUAUAUACAACCUUACAUACAUACAUAUACUUAUACAUACAUACAUAGUUGAUUAGGUAAGCAAAGUUGAUAAUAACUAAUGUAUUAUUUUCAAAAA